AUGAAUAGUCUGGCGCAGAGCGUUUCGAGCUUGUCUUUGGACCAAGGAGCAAACAGGAAGCACAAACGGCCGCAUCGGGCGUUCCACACGUUCAAUGAGCCGCCGGCCAUGGCCAGCGGCGGGGGUCUGCAGGCGCCGCGGUCGGCGCUGCAGGCGGAGGGGGCGGCGCCCCUGCGAGCCGGGUCGCCGGUGAUGGGGGCAGGGGCCGGGGGCAGCAGUGCGAUGGCGCCGCCCGCGCGGUCGACGCACCUGGUGCCGACACAGCGGCUGGAGGACCAGCAGCAGUUCCUGACGCGGACGUUCAUGCCGGACGUGGAGGCGGUGCCGCCGUUUUCCACGACGCAGUUCUACUGCGGGGUGGCGGGGGCGUGCGACCCGCGCGUGCUCGCGCUUUCGGCGUACAACAUACCCAAGACCGAGCAGCUGCGGGCGGUGACGGCGCUGCCGCUGGGUCUGAACGUGCAGCCGUUCGCGCCGGUGGUACCGUCGGACACGGCGGUGCCGGCGGUGGACGCGCGCGCAGGCGAGGGCCCGCUGCGCUGCAGACGGUGCCGGGUGUAUGCGAACCCGCGCUUCCGGUUCACGUCGGACUCGCACUUCAUCUGCAACAUGUGCCAGGUACGGACGCAGCUCCCCCCCGAGGAGUACUCGCCGCUGGGUCCGAGCGGCGAGCGCAUGGACUUGGCUUCCAAGGCGGAGCUGACACACGGCACGGUGGAGUUUCUGGCACCGGAGCUGUACAACGUGCACAAGGGACGCGCCGCGGUGCCGCUUCAUUAUGUGUUCCUAGUGGACAUCUCGACGUGGGCGAACGAGAACAAGAGCUCGCUGGCGGCCAUCGAGGGUGUCCGCACCGCGAUCAACUACAUCUGCGAGCAGCAGCCGAAUUGUAAGGUGGCCAUCAUAGCAUAUGACAAGUGGCUGCGUUUCUUCAACCUGCGCCCGGAGUCGAGCCAGGCACAGGAGCUGAUUGUGUCCGAGCUCAGAGAAGUCUUCCUGCCGCUGUACAGCGGCCUCUUCGUGAGGCCUGCGGAGGCAAUGCAUGUCAUACAGGACACGUUGGUCAAGCUCGAGUCGUUUAUCCAGGACGACAAGCUCUCGCACGGCGCCGAGGCGUGCUUCGGGUCGGCGCUCGAGGCCGCGCUGCUGGCGCUGGACACUGCCACCAAUGGUAAUGGCGGCAAGAUCAUUGCGACUCUGAACACGCUGCCCACCGUGGGCAACGGCAAUCUGACGCUGCGGCGCGACGACGGCCUCAAGAAGAGCCUGAAGUGCGACAACAGCUUCUACACCGCGCUGGCGGACAGGAUGCUGAAGGCGUACGUCGGCCUGGACCUCUUCUGCACAGGCAGCGCCUUCAUGGACUUUGCCACGCUCGGCCACCCCGUGCUGGCCACCUCCGGGACGUUCCGCCACUACUCGAACUUCCAGCUCGACCGCGACGAGUUCCCGCUGGUCAACGACAUGCUGCACGCCGUCAGCAGCACCGUCGGCUACCAGGCGCAGCUCAAGGUGCGCUGCUCCUCGGGGCUGUCCGUCAGUCGCUACUACUCGACCGCGUGCGGCCACUCCGACCGCGACCCCGUCAUCCCCGUCGUCACCGCAGACCAGAGCUUCACGCUCGCGCUGCAGUACGACAGCCCGCUGCAGGCAGGCACCGACGUCUACUUCCAGGCCUCGCUGCUCUACACAGACCUCGACGGCGUGCGCAGAGUGCGCACCAGCAACACCUCCGCCGCCGUCAGCGACAACAUCCACGAGAUAUUCAAGUUCCUCAACCAAGACGUCGUCACCGCGCUGCUCGUCCAGGACACACUCACCGCCCUGGGCGACGCCAACUUCCUCGGCGUCCGCAAGUCCCUCGACACCCGCCUCGCCGCCAUCCUCACGCAGUACCGCGCACUCGUCGACCCCUCCCAUGCCUCGCAGCUCAUCCUGCCCGACGCACUCAAGUCGCUGCCCGCGUACCUGCUCGCCUUCCAGAAGUCGCCACUGCUGCGCGCGACCGGCUCCGCCCGCGCCAACGACCGCGCCGUCGAUUACCUGCGCUUCGCGACCUACGACCUGCGCCGCCUCGCAUACCGCCUCUACCCGCAGAUCCUCCCCCUCCACGUCCCGCUGUCCGACGACGACUACACCUUCUACGACGCCCACAACCUGCUGCUGCAGUUCCCGUCCGCCGACGACCUCGCCGUCCGCGCCGCCCACGGCGCCCUCGCCGACGGCGGCUGCUACCUCAUCUUCCAGGGCGACACCGUCUACCUCUGGCUCAACGACCACACCCACCCGCAGCUGCUGCGCGACCUGCUCGCCGCAGACGCACCGCCGCAGCUGCUGCCCAGUGCCCGGUUACCCGGCCUCGACACAGACAUCUCCGCCAGGGUCCGCAGCGUGCUCGACUACUGGGCCGCGCUCGCCGGCCGCCGCGCGCUGCCCGUCCAGCUGCUGCGCCCCCACUCCGACCCACUCUACGCCCGCACCCUCUCCGCCCUCGUCACAGAGGACGCCUCUGUCGACGGCCUCGACAGCUACGACGCCCACCUCGUCGUUCUGCACCGCGCUAUCCAGGACAAUCUGCGUCACGACCGCUACCUGCGGCCCGCCGCCGCCCGCGACCACGACAGCCUUGCCCAGCGCUACAUCCAGUUCUGA